CGGAGACAGAUGUCGCAAGCCCAGUCCUUGGUAACUGGGGAAAGGGUUCACCCAUAAUGUGCUGGGGUGGAGAUACAUAAGUGUUGGUCUCCCCUUGUCGAAAGGAUCAUCAUCAACAUCUCUUCACUGCGACAAGAUGGGUCUCGCCACCACCGUCUUCUCUGCGGUCUUCCUCGCCACUGGAGGUUUCCUCUUUGGCUAUGAUUCAGGUAUCAUUACCUCCACGAUCGCUCUUCCAACCUUUGAGGAAUACUUUCGCAAUCCCAAUGACAGCACUGUUGGCGGCAUUGUGUCCGCCUUCCAAGGCGGAGCCAUUGCUGGAACCAUCUUCAACAUGCUCUUCGCCCACAAGCUGGGUCGUCGUUGGACUAUCGCGAUCGGCGCUUUGGUGUCGAUUUUUGGUAGCGCUCUUCAGGCUGGAGCCAUAAACAUGGCUAUGCUCAUUGUUGGCCGCUUCAUCGGAGGUGUUGCGGUUGGUCAGCUUACAUCCACCAUCCCUUUGUAUGCUGCAGAGUUAUCAGAAGCCAAGUACCGUGGUGUCCUCUCUGGUCUCUUGCAGUGGAUGUUGAGCUGGGGUUUCCUCAUCGCUCAGUGGCUGGGCUACGGCUGUUCAUUCAACUCUACUCAGUUCUCUUGGCGCUUCCCGCUUGCCUUCCAGUGUGUACCUGGUCUUAUCCUCAUCGCCGGUAUUUUCUUCCUCCAGGAAUCACCGCGAUGGCUUAUGGAGAGGGAUCGCCACGAGGAGGCCAUGGCCUCACUCCAGAAGCUCCGCAGCGGCUAUGACUCCGAAAUCAUCGACCUCGAGUAUCGCGAGAUCCGAGACGUUAUUGCAGCAGACAGGGCCCUGGGCAACGUCACUGUGCUCUCCAUCAUUACCAAAGCCUCUUGGCGCAAGAGGCUGCUUCUUGGAUGCGGUAUUCAGGCGUUUGGUCCUCUCUCUGGAAUCAACGUUAUCAACUACUACGGCCCGCGCAUUUACGAGAUUCUCGGUAUCUCUACACGCGAAUCCCUCCUGAUUAUUGGCAUCAGCGGAGCCUUAUCUAUCGUUUGGUGCUCAAUUGGUCUCGCCCUUCUGGACAAGUUGGGCAGAAUCAAGCCUCUGCUCAUCUCUGCUGCUGGUCUUGCCGCUGCUCUGCUUGUCAAUGCUGUACAGGGCCAGUACUUGGAUCCCAGCAACAGUAAUCAACUUCGUAGCAUGGUUGCCAUGAACUUCGUGUUCUCACUGUUCUACACUCCUCUCGGUAUCAUUUCCUGGGUGUACCCCGCCGAAAUUUUCCCUGUUGAGGUCCGCUCCCUCGGUAACGCGAUCACCACCUUCACCAACUGGGCCGUCAACCUCAUCUUCGCCCAGUUCUCUCCUCAGGCGCUCAGCUCCCUCGAGUUCAAAUACUUUUACGUUUUCUUUGUCUUCAACGUCAUUGCAUUCCUGAGCUAUUGGUUCUUCUUCCCAGAGACCAAGGGCAGGACUCUUGAGCAGAUGGACGAGCUAUUCGGUGAUCAGCUUGUGCCCCACGCCAUGCAGGAUCCUGCAGCAGCGGCUGCCGCGAUGGAGAAGGACGAGAAGCUUCACGCUGAGGUGCGCAGCGAGAGCGUUGUUUAAGCGGAGGAUGGAUACAUCAUCGACUAUGGGUUAUGAUUCAGGAAGCAGGCGCAUGAUGGUGGCUCAGAUAUGAGUUCGACAGAUACUCAGAAUUAUCAAUAUCAUUGUACCA